GGUAGAAAUGACAGGUAAUUAAAAUGUUAUUAGUUUCUAUGUAAAUUGGUUGGUUUUUUCACACAGAUCUGGCUUUUAUUCAGACUUUAAGGCAUAUGUUCAGCAGGGAUAAGGUCGACACACUGAGUUUAAUGUGUCAACCUUUAAUGAGCUCUCUUUAUUUAUUCACAAACCAGUGUUGUGUUGUGUCAGAAUGUUUCUUCUCCCUUUAAGGCUUCCGUCACUUGCUGAAAAACAGCAGCCAGGUCAUUGUUGCAUCUCUGGUCUCCUCCUCCUCCCUUUCUCUUCCACUCUGCUCUCCACACACGCAUCCCGACUUGCGCAUAGCCUCCUCCGGCAAUAAUGACCAAGGAUUCCCCGGAGGAGGAGACCCGAGCUCCGGGCGGCGGCGGCGGAGCAGGAGGUGAAGGUGGAGGAGGAGGCGCAGGAAAAGGGACAUCCAGAAGAAACGUAGCGGACGACAAUGUGACCAUCCUGACAUCAUCCAUGGAUUUCUACAGAGCCGGACGGAGCCGAGCCAGCAGCAGCAGCGACGCCGCCCCAAGCCUCACCUCUUCCGUUGACCUGAGCAGCUCCUCCCUGGACACGAGCAUUCAGACGCGGAUCUUCAAGAUCAUCGUCAUUGGCGACUCCAACGUGGGGAAGACGUGCCUUACCUUUCGCUUCACGGGGGGCAGCUUCCCCGACAAAACUGAGGCCACGAUCGGCGUGGACUUCAGGGAGAAGGCGGUGGAGAUCGAAGGGGAGACCAUCAAGGUGCAGGUGUGGGACACAGCAGGCCAGGAGCGCUUUCGCAAAUCCAUGGUGGAACAUUAUUAUCGCAAUGUUCACGCAGUGGUGUUUGUUUAUGAUGUAACCAAGAUGGCUUCUUUCCGCAACCUACAGACAUGGAUAGAGGAGUGUAAUGGCCAUCGGGUGUCAGCGUCAGUGCCUCGAGUUCUAGUGGGAAAUAAAUGUGACCUUGUGGAUCAAAUCCAGGUCCCCUCCAACAUGGCGUUGAAGUUCGCUGACUCUCACAACAUGCUGCUGUUUGAGACGUCAGCGAAGGACCCAAAGGAGAGUCAGAAUGUCGACUCCAUCUUCAUGUCGCUGGCCUGCCGCCUAAAGGCCCAGAAAUCCCUGCUGUACAGAGACGUGGAGCGAGAGGACGGGAGAGUGAGGCUCACACAGGAGACGGAAACAAAGACAAAUUGUCCGUGUUGAGGAAGAAGAGGAGAGGAGGGCAUUCUAGAGAGGAGAUGAGAGGAGUUACUUACAUAUAAGGGAGGAAUGGGAUAUGGGUACGUUUCUGGUUUAAGAUGACAGGGAAGGAUUAUGCUCAUGCUAGUAGCGCUGUGCUUUCAGCGACUGGGGGUGAAGGACGACUGAAAGAUGUGUUAGAACUGAGUGAUCAACAGUGUUCUUGUUCUUGAACAGAAACAAGGGACUGGGGAGUGGUAUAUAAUAAUGAUGCUGCCUUUUAGACCAUAAUGCCGUGUGAAAAUAUUCUCACUGACUUUCCCAAUAAUGCUGUAUGGUUUCAUUCUUAUCAUGUACCAUAGGUUAGCUGUUAUUCCAACUGAAAACAGGAUUUCUCAGCCCUUUUUCUACUGCUUUAAUAACUAUAACGCUUCCUGACUCAUAACCUUCACAAACCAUUUAGAGGAGUAAGGGCAGCAUAGAGGCGACAGCUAAACUUUUAGAAAUCCUGUUUCAGUGGAUUGUUUCUUGGAGGAUUUGAUCUCUGCUCACCUGUCACAUCUAAGACGUAGCAAAUAUAAAUAAAACGGAGGACAAUACUCAAGGUGGGCCUGGCAGAAGCACCUUGACAAGGUUUUCUAAAAUAGACCUGUAAUGGGUUGCCCUGUAGCAAAUCACCUAUUGAUUUCAGAGAUCCCCUUACACAUAUGUGCUUUCUAACACAGAGUGAAAUCAAGCAUACUCUUUCUCCUCUACUCUUGAUAGAAAAAUAUCCCCUCCAUGUUUUUGCCUCUGAGGAGUGGGGCUUAGCCUUCUCUCCCUUUGUGUGCAAAUGCAGAAAGAUUCGGUCUUCAGUUUAUCAAGUCAGCUUUCUUCUAUUCUCCCUCUUCUGUUUUCUCUGGUGCCUUGCAAAAGUAUUCAUGCUCCUUCAACAUUUACACAUUUUGUCACGUUACAACUGCAGACUUUGGUGUAUUUUACUAGGGUUAUGUGAUAUUCCCACACAAAGUAGCAUGUAAUUGUGAAGCGGAAUGAAAAUGAAAAAAUGGUUUUCAAAACCCUUUGCACAUCAAAAAGUGUGGCUCUAAAUUAAAUCCAGUGCGAUCAACUGCCUUCAGAAGCCAUGUUAAUAGUAAAUAGAGUCAACUAUUUGUGAUUUAAUUUCAGCAUAAAAACACAAGGAAACUGUUCAUCAGAGAAACAGUAAAAAGCUUCAUGCUGAGGAGGCUUUUCAUUAAUGUAAGGCAGGCAUGUUGGACUAGAGAUACAUCUAAAGGUUGCAGGAUACUGGGCCUUGAGGACUAGAGUUCGCCAUCCCUGGUUGAGAUCAAAGCAUAUUCGUAAGGCUAUUCAUAAUGUAGAACUGGCUUUAAAUGCUUUCACAAGGCACUGUGUUUCCAAGGUAGAGUCCAUUUCGGCUUCCUUAGAUAACAUGCUGACUCCCCGUCAGCAUCACCACCACAGAAAACUGUGACCCCUCGUACCACAAGUUAAACCCAGUGUAAAUGAAUCUAUCCAGGUGGAUCACACUGCAUGAAAUGAUCCACUUAGUCAUAUUGAUUAUUUACUGUGCACAGCAAGACGGUAUGCUUUACACUAAGAAAGCUUCUCACUAGGCUGGAGGUGGAGGAACACAAUGUACAUAACUCAGUUUCAAGGCCUUGGCCUAAUAGAGCAUCAAAUACUCCAGCAGGCAAAUGUGUCGCUCUUUGUAUUUUAUCACUAUGAUCUAGUUUACACCAAACACUAACAAAACACAUCAGUGAACAUUAUAUAUAUAUAUAUAUAUAUAUAUAUAUAUAUAUAUAUAUAUAUAUAUAUAUAUAUAUGACAGAUGUUAUAUAUAUUAAAAAUAUUUAAGUACCCUUUCGACACUCUGAAAAAUGACCACACAACUGAAUUGCUUCUUUUCUUCAAAUAUACAACCCGCUGGAUCACUUGCCCAAACAAAUACCACAUGGCAAAAUAAACAUUGCUUGUUAAUAAAGGCCAUGUUUUAUUAAGGAAUCGAUGCCGAUCUGGUAAAAAAUGACUAAGAUCGGCCAAUACUGAUAUUAAUGAUUAAUGCAUGCCUAACUAGAAAGGCACUCAGAGAGUGCAUACCUCCGCUAAGGCCACUGCAUGUCAGCUGCUGACAGGGUGGAAGUACAGGAUCUAGAUGGUGCUCCACAUCACCACCAAAAUCUAAUAGCCCGUUCCUUGUCCUAAUAUGCAAUUUGUCUGAAAAUGUAAUCCAGAUCCCUAAAUAACUUUUUGAGAUAUUUUGCAAACAAACAGACAAACAAAUACUGACAAAAACAUAACCUUUUUGACAGAGGUAAUUAGUGCAACAAAUUAAUUGGGACACACAGAGUCAGAUAUGCAAAAGUUCAUUUCUCCAACUUAUAUCAUGUUUUAUUUUGUUGCAAGUAACAAGUCAUUUAUAUUUGUAAGUACCUAUUCACUCACGGUGGAGCAUUUAACCAGAUUUAUGUUAUCUUUGUGAAUUUCAUGUUAUUUUGCUAUGAAGCACCUUGUAAUUUUUAUCUCAAAAGGUGCUAUAAAAGUACACUUAACUUACUUGCUAACACCUGUUUAUUCACUUGCCAGGACAAAUAGUAAAUCAGCCAAUAGCAUGGCAGCAACUCAAUGCAUUUAGGCAUUAUGACGUAGUAAGGAUGAUCUUUUGAUUUUCAAACCGUGCAUCAGAAUGGGGAAAAAUUGUGUUUUAACUUAAACAGCAUGGUUAUUGAUGCCAGAUGGUCUGGUCUGAGUAUGUCAGAAACUGAUAUACUGAGAUCUUCAACCAAAAUCAUCUCACUGGUUUAAAGGCAAUGGUAUCAAAAACAGAAAAACAUUCUAUAGUCUGGAUGAAAAUAUGUUGUUGAGGUCAGAGGAGAAUGGGUCAGAAUUUGCUAGAAACAACAAUAAAGCAUAGUCCAGUGGUGGUGGUGGUGGUGAAAUGGUGUGGGAGAUAUUUCCUUGGAACACACUGGGCCCCUUUGUACCAACCGAGCAUCGUUCAAGCAGCACAUUCUACCUGCGUAUUGUUGCUGACCAUGUUGAUCCAUUUAUGACCACACUGGAACCAUCUUCUGAUUGGCUACUUCCAGCAGAAUAACACAUCAUGUGACGACUCUCGAAUCAUCUUCAAGGAAACUAGUUUCCUUCACAUGAGAGUGAGUUCCCUGUACUCCAUUAAUCAGCAGACCUCAGUCCAGGGGAGCAGUUUUGGAAUGUGGUUGAACAGGAUGUGAGGCCAAAAAAUCUUUAGAGACCAUAUAAUACUAUCAUGUUGAUAUCUACCAAAAUCUCUGAGGACGUUUUCUGACAUUGCUGUUAAAUAUGUGCCACAAAGAAUUAGGGCAGUUCUGAAAACUGACUCCUUUUUCAGCAUGGGUGUCCAUGCACAAGCCCGCAUUCGGUCUAACCAACUGUAAUGACCAAUAGAUGGUAGGAGUUUCCACUGCUUUCAUUCCUGCAUCAGGUCACAAAUUACUAUAUCAUUACAGCUUUAGGAUCUCACAGCAGACCCACUGCAUUGUCGCCUGGACAGAAGCAUGUUGGCUCUGUGGUAUACCCAGCUAGAUUUAGAAAUGUUGCUAUGAAGAUAAUCAGAAACAAAACCCCAGCAGUCUCCUACUUGUGGGUGGACAUGCUGCGUGUGUACUUCCAGCUGUAAAUAUUUCAUCUUGUUAUACAAGAGGCAAGCAAUGGCAGAAAAAAACUGUGAUUUAGUUUGUUCCUCCGAAUCAGCUCUAAGUCGUGGCAAGCUGAAGGCCCUGCUGCACAGCCUUCGUCUCCCAAGCACACCACAUUUAGUGCAUCCGCACUUGGUCAAUAUAGUAGUCAUCCAUGCUGUUCCUCCACUAUAACCAAAGGUCCAUCAUCCUCUACUCUAUAACAUAGGCCAUCCUUAUCUCCACUGAAAUCCUAAAAACCCUUUUAUUGUAGCGCACAGAGCCUAAAUUAAUCAUAGCUUCCCUGGAAUAGGAAAGGCUGCUGUCAAGGUGCAUGUAGCCAUUUUGGAUGUUGAUCUGAGUCUACAAAUGGAACACGCCACACACUGUGCAAAUCCAGAGAUCAUAAGCUCUGUUUGUUUUGUGAUGAAUGUUUUUCAUUCCUAAAGUACAUGCUUCUAGAAGCCUUCUAAGUGAAUUGCAUGGAAUUGUUGUAUGAAACUACACAGAGCUUCAUGUGUUCAGUGCUACAACCCAGAGCCAAGCCGCAGAAGUAAUUGCAAAGGAACAUGGGAAGACUGGAUCAUGUUAAAUUAUCUAAUUUAUUUGGUUUGGUGAUGAGGCUGGCUGGAAGAUAUAGGAGAUUGUACUCCACAGUUCUAAGUUCUUUAUAUAUAUAUAUAUGUGUGCAAUAUAAUAUAUUUGCCUUCCUUUAUCUCUCUUAUACCUAGUUUUACAACUUAAAGUGUCUUUUUUGCUCCUUCUAAUUGAUGUAUGUAUUUUUAAAUGUAUGUUUGCUCUUAAAUGGAUGGACCGCAAGAAAUUUGAAAAUUUUUGUCUAAUAUUAUAUCUGCAUUCAUAUCAUAUUACCAUCUCAGAAUACAUGUGAAUCUUUGAACAACAAGAAGCUGUUAUUAAGCUGAACGCACUGGACUGUUUGACUACAGUAGAGUCCUGUAGAGUAGAGGAAAUGGCAUUUUUUAAAUGGCCUUUCUCUAUAGUUCUUUACCCUAACCCAGGGCAGUGUGUUCUGGUGAUUGGGAUGUGGCUUCACUUUGGUGGAGGGGCUGGCCAGCCUGCUUGGUGUGGCAGGGUAUAUCUGGGACUGUGUGCAGCCGGCAUACUGGGGCACCUCUGUGGUUGAGGUGUGGAGUUGGCGGGGUGCCUGGUGGUCGUGGUGGCAGGCUGGAGGGUGGUGCAGAGCAGUUGCAGCGUGUGGGUGGUUGUGUCCUCUUUCUGGAUGUGUGGUCACUGGCAUUUGGAUCGGCUGAGCAGUGACAGUAGAGCUGAGCUGGUUGGUGAUUCUCCCUGGGCUCUCAUUGCAGUGGCGGUUAUGUGGUGUGUUUGUGUGGUUGCAGGAGCAUGGUGAGGGUCCAGUGGGCCCCAGGUGCGUGCCGGUGGCUGGGGACCUCUUGCCGGGUGAGUUUGUCCUGUCUUGGUGUGGCGUCUGGGGUCUGUUGUAAAUACGGUGCUCGGUGGUGUUGGCUCUGUUGCGCAUGUGGGCGGAGGCUGGGGUGGCUUGGCGCGAGGCUCUUGCCUUGUCGUGUGUUUUGCAAAGCAGGGUGUGGCGAGGGUGCUUGGAGCAGGGUUGUGUUUUCCAGCUGCUCUGUGUGUCUUACACAGCUUUUCAGGUGUGGAGCUCAUCUGUGGGGUUGUGGCUCUGUGGGAUGGGGAUUCAUGGCAUUUGGGUUCAGGGGCAUGUGUUCGAUAUCUGUGUCCUGGUUGGGGGUGACCUUGUGGGCAAAUUUAUGUUGGGGUUCAUGGGGGGGUAGGGAGCUCAUGGGGUUGAGAUCGGAAUUCAUUGGGGGGUUGGGACUGUUUCGUCCUGGGACAGCUCUGGUUGGCGGGCUUGUUUGGACCAAGUAGACCCCUUUUAGCUUGUGCCCCCCUUUCCGGAUG